CAGCCAAGCUCCUUGGGGGCUUGAUUUGGACAGGGCCCAGGAGGUGCUGGGGGAAUUCAUCCCCACAACGCAGGCGGUGUUUACAUGCUGUCCUCCUGGGAGUUCUGCCCGGGCUGACAGUCCCACUGUCGGGCUGCGCCGGGUCCCUUGGCAAACGGGAGCUGCAGGCACUUUCCACCGCGGCAAGGACAGAGGGUGAUGCCGGCACAGCCCGUGCCUGGCACUUCAUCAGAGCCUGAGGGCAGACGCCGCCGUUGGACCCACUAAUCUAUCACCCUGCAAAGCAAACCACGCAGCGAGGGGUGACCGACGGGCCCUGUCUCCAGCGGGGAUCAGGGCACUAUGGCACAGUCCGUCUCUGCCUUCCAGGCUGCCUACAUCACCAUCGAAGUGCUGAUUGCCUUGGUGUCUGUGCCAGGGAACAUCCUGGUGAUCUGGGCUGUCAAAAAGAACCAGGCUCUGCAGGAUGCCACCUUCAGCUUCAUUGUCUCGCUGGCCGUGGCUGACGUGGCGGUGGGCACCCUGGUCAUCCCACUCGCCAUCAUUAUCAACAUUGGGCCGCAGAUGGAGUUCUACACCUGCCUGAUGGUGGCCUGCCCUGUCCUCAUCCUCACUGAAAGCUCCAUCCUGGCUCUGCUGGCCAUCGCUGUGGAUCGCUACCUGCGGGUGAAGAUCCCCCUAAGGUACAAGAGCGUAGUGACCCCCAGACGAGCAGCUGCGGCCAUCGCUUGCUGCUGGAUCGUUUCCCUGCUCGUGGGACUGACCCCCAUGUUUGGCUGGAACAACCUGAACAAGAUGAGGAGGACUCAGGAGGCGAACGCCAGCCACACGGCGUUCGUCAUCGGGUGCAAGUUCGAGAAUGUCAUCAGCAUGGAGUACAUGGUCUAUUUCAACUUCUUUGUCUGGGUGCUGCCUCCCUUGCUGCUGAUGCUCAUCAUCUACCUGGAGGUCUUCAACCUGAUCCGCAAGCAGCUCGACAAGAAGGUCUCCUCCAACUCAUCGGAUCCUCAGAAAUAUUAUGGGAAGGAGCUGAAGAUCGCCAAGUCCUUGGCAUUGGUCCUCUUCCUGUUUGCACUGAGCUGGCUCCCGCUGCACACGCUUAACUGCAUCACCUUGUUUUGCCCAUCCUGCCAGACUCCCAGCAUCCUGACGUACAUUGCUAUUUUCCUGACUCACGGCAACUCGGCCAUGAACCCCAUCGUCUAUGCCUUCCGGAUCCAAAAAUUCAGGACCACGUUCCUGCAAAUCUGGCACCAGUACAUCUGCUGUGAAACCGACAAGAACACUAACAACCUGGACAACACCGAGCUAGGCAACUGGCAGCUAGAGAGAGCCGUCCCAGAUGUGCCGUACUUUGAUUUACAAAAGUCCCUUUAAUGUCCAAAGAGCAAACUUGUCUUCACCCCCUCCACACGCACACAAUUGUAAAUGACUAGUAUGGGGAGGGGGCAGCAGUGACCCAGGAGACCUGAGAUGGUCAGACCAAGCAGAUGUUUACCUGAGCUAGCAUAGGGCAUUAUUUAUUCACAGCCAUUGUACUGUUCUGAUAUUGUAGCCUGCACUGUUCUUUUUUUUUUUUAGGGCGAAGUGUAUCUAGGUAUUCAAGGGGAAUUGUACAGACAAGGAUGUGAUUUAUCUUUAACUCAAAUAAAAAAGGAAG